GAGUAACCGCACGCGAAGCACUUGCACCAUCUGAAUUGGCAAGAUGGCUAGUCUGCUUCGCCGCGCGGUGCCAGGGGCGGGCUGUGCGGCCCGCGGCUCUGCUGCAGAGCCGCUGGGUGCGCCGCGCGUCGCUGCGCAUCACGAACCGGCCCCUGCCGCUCGCGUGGCGCCACACUCUCCGACGUCGUGGCGUGCGCCCGCUCGCCAGCCCUCUGUCGCGGCCCCACGCCCCGCUGACCGACCCACAUGGACGCGCGCGAGCGCCGACGCGCCCGCUGCAGAUUUGGAUAAAGAGCUCUGGUCGGCGGGCGACAUGUACGCGGAGGGCGCCGAGCGCCUGCGCGCCUUCAUGGCCGCGCUGCCUGAGCUGGCGGAGCAGGAGGAGGUGCUAGGGGGGCUGCUGGGAGCAAACCCCGAGCUGGUGGCGGCGGACCCAGCAACGGUCCGGACGGCGCUGGAGGCUCUGGCGGCGGCGCUGGGCGUCAACCUGCUGCGCGCGGCGCGGCUGGCGGCGCGCGUGCCGGGUGUGCUGGAGCGGCCGGCGGAGGAGGCAGGCAGCAAGGUAUCGGCCAUGGCAGCUGAGCUGGGCACUGACGUGGACGCAGCGCUGCAGCUGUAUGCCGCCCAGCCGGGCAUGUGGGCGGUCAGCCAGCCGAGCAUCAUCAGGGACAGGCUGGACACGCUCGCGGGCAAGCUGGGCCUGCCGCUGCGCAACACCGUGGCUCUGGUGGGGAAGCAGGCGCUGCUUUGGGUGAUCCCGCCCUCGCACAUCCAGGUGUCCCUGCGCGAUGUCGCCGGCUGCUGCGGCCUCAGCGACUCCGAGGCGGAGGAGCUGGUAACGCGGGUGCCGCCGCUGCUGGCGGUGGAGAAGCGCCUGCUCAAGCUGAGCGUGGCGGCCGUGACGGCCUCCACCGGCGUGCCCGCGCCCGCGCUACUGGAGCUGCUGUCGCGCAGCCUGGGGCUGGUGGCGCUGCCCAGCCCGCUGCUGUGUGCCGCGCUGGAGGGGCUGGCGGCCGACUUGGGCGUGGCGCCCGAGCACGUGGCUGCGCUGAUGGCGCAGCAGCCCACGCUGCUGUGCGCGCAGUUUGGCACCAUCGCCGCCGCCCUGGAAACGCUGGAGACGGCGCUGCAAUGCAGCCGGGCGCAGGCGCUGGCGGUGCUGUGCGCGCAGCCCUGCCUCAUGUACGAGACCACCGUUGACACGCUCGUGUCGCGCAUCCAGUCCCUCGCCACCACCUUUGGUCUGCCCGACGCCGACGCCGCGCGUGCGCUGGCGCGCGAGCAGCCGGCGCUGAUGGUGGUGGCGCCGGCGACGGUACGCAGUGCGGCGAGUGCGGUGGGUGCGGCGCUGGGCGGCUCGCUGGCGGACUGCUUGGCGCUGGCCAAGAGCGACCCUGGGUCGUUCAUGAUGGUCACGCUGCAGGACUCGCUGAUUGAGGCCUGGUCGGCACGGCUGCAGCUGGAGCCGGAGGCCGUGGCGCGACUGCUGUCGCUGCAGCCCGCGCUGCUGGAGCUCACAGCCACCACCCUCAAGGCGCGGCUAGAGAGCCUGGCGGCGCUAUUUGGAGUGCCGGCGGAGAUUGCGGCGCAGCUGGUGCUUAAACACCCGGCUCUGGCUGCGGUGCCCCCUAACGCCACCAUCACUCGCGCCAAGAACGUUUCCAUGGCACUGCGGAUAUCCAUUCAGGGCGCCGCCGGCAUCAUCGCAAAGGAGCCGGCGCUGCUGGCGGUGCUCACACACGCCAGCGACGAGGUGAAGGCCAGCGGGGUCGCCGAUGACGUGGGCGAGGUUGGCGCCAUUUAUGAGUACUACACAAUGGAGUGGCUGCAGCGGCAGUACAAGGAGAUGGCGCCGGCGCGUGUCACCAGCUUCUCGGCCCUGGACUCUUAGCGGCAGACUGGCGGAGGGGCUGGCUUCAGGGCUGUAAGGAGUAGUCGUGGUGCUGGAUGGGUUGCCAGGUUGGGGAGGCGAGGGACUGCGUGCAAGGCACCAGGUGGUCCCUGCUCCGUGUUCACGGUAGGCGUGCAAUGGGCCAGCUGGCCAGGUGUGCCGGGUCAGCGGAGCCAUGCAGAGGCUGUGCCGCGUGGGCGUGUGGCAUGUGGCAGGCAAGGGGGUUGCGGUGUGUGGUUUAGCGCGCUUAACGGAUUACGUGCGCAUUGUGCCAGAAUCAGUGUAAGGUUCUGCCUCGACCACUGCCACAAGCCCGACACCAGAAGCAGUCCUAUGUGUGUGUUACGUGCUUCUGUGAUGGGCGACAGCGCGUGUGAUUGGCCACAGAGGCACAGACGAGAGAGUGAUACCAUGCAGUUAUACCGUAUCUACCGCGCCCACGGCCCAGUGGCUUCCAGCAACGUGCGUGAUCGCUUGCCCACCAGGGAGUGUGACGCCAUGGGCACACGUGAGCGACGCCAUGCGGUCAUGGCAUGCUGGGGCUCUAGCAUACCUCUGAUUGCUCAAAGGAUUCAAACAAUCAAGCUGCGUGGAGUACGCAGGUUGCAGGUCGUCCAACGCCUGUCCGACUUC